AUGGCAACCAUUUCUUAUUCUCAGGCAGUGGCUCCCAGAGGAGGCGGCUGUGCUAGGAAGACAGUCCUUACCAAGCUGCUCGACAAGAUGCUGCGCACCCCCAAGUGCUCGCGGUGCCGGAACCAUGGCUUUCUGGUGCCAGUCAAGGGCCAUGCGGGCAAGUGUCGCUGGAAGCAGUGCACCUGCGAAAAGUGCUACCUGAUUACCGAACGCCAGAAGAUCAUGGCCGCGCAGAAGGUUCUCAAGAAGCAGGCCUCUGAGGAGGAGCAGGAGUUGGCCUCCGGGGCCGCGGCUGCGGCCCCGGCCUCCCGCCUCCAGCCGCUCUUUGUGUUAAAACUGCCCUCAUUGCUUGCAUUUUCAGGGCUCUCUCUGAGCAUCAGCUCAGAUUGUGCAGUGGGGUCUGAGUACCUGGAGAGAGAGCCUGCCAAGCUGUAUCCCAGCUGCACCAACAUGCAUGCCUAUCGUCCGUUCUCGCUGGGGUACCAGGAUGCAUCCCCAUCCCCGGGGAUUCCCCUGCAGCGGGGCUUCCGGCAUGUGUCUUGCAGCCACUACCAUGGAGGAGGCUUGGUGUCAGAGCCAAUGGGAGACUUCCAGCCAAGCUACUACCCACCGCCGCCGCCACCACCGCCGCCGCAGCCGCUGCAGCCGCUGCAGCCCCAGUUUCUCCCGCCAGGCUUCCUCUCUGCGCUCCACUUCCUCCCACCGCUGCCGCCGCCGCCACCACCAUCAUCUUUCUCACUGACCAUCCUGUCUGAUACGGAUAAGGAGACCACUGAUGACCAAGAUGUGGAGGUGCCAUGUGAGCCCAGCCAGGCAUCAUCUCAGGAGCAGUCCGACUAG